UACGUGAGAGACUUGCAACUUGAGAAAAAUUCCAAAACAUUUGUAGGUGGGUUCGUUGUUGACUUCCCAAGUCUUCCCAAAAGUCUUCUUUGCCUUUUAAUCUUAUCUCUCACUUGAUCUUAUCAUUGCAUUGCCAUUUCUGAAGCCCUCUUAAAUUCUGUUUCUGUGAGUUAGAACUUGGAAGAUGGCUGAGGCAGUUCUUGAAUUUGCGCUUGAAAAGUUGAGCUCUCUCAUAGGAAAAGAGCUGGGAUUAUUUAAGGGUUUCGAUGGAGACAUGAAAAAGCUUUGCAGCAUGUUCACUACAAUCAAGGCUACGCUUCAAGAUGCUGAGGAGAAACAAUUCUCAAAUGAAGCUAUAAAGGAUUGGUUGCAAAAGCUAAAAGAAGCAGCUUACGAGGUGGAUGACAUCAUGGACGAGUGUGCCUAUGAAGAAUUGCAGUUGGAGUACCAAGGAGUAUCAGGCAAGGUACAAUGCUCUUGCUUAUCCUCUUUUCAUCCUAAGAAUGUUAUUUUCCGUUACAAAGUUGCCAAGAGAAUGAAAAGGAUAAGUGAGAGAUUAGAUGAAAUUGCUGAAGAGAGGCUCAAGUUUCAUUUGACCGAGACGGCUCCAGAGAGAAGUGGAGUCAUUGAGUGGCGCCAAACUAGCUCAAUCAUCACUGAACGACAAGUCUAUGGGAGAAAAGAAGAUACAAAAAAAAUUGUAAACAUUUUGACAAGUGAUGUUGAUGCUUUUCCUUCUGAGAAUUUAUCAGUUUAUCCAAUAGUAGGUCUAGGCGGACUUGGAAAAACCACACUUGCCCAACUCAUCUUCAAUCAUGAGAAAGUAGUAAACCACUUUGAGCUAAGAAUUUGGGUAUGUGUUUCAGAAGAUUUUAGUUUAAAUAGAAUGACAAAAGCUAUAAUUGAAGCAACAUCAGGGCUGACUUGUGGGAAUUUGAAUUUAGAGCCACUACAAAGAAAGCUUCAAGAUCAGCUUCGAGGUAAAAGAUAUUUACUUGUUUUGGAUGAUGUGUGGGAUGAUAAGCCAGAUAAUUGGCAGAAGUUGGAACGUGUAUUGUCUUGUGGGGCGAAGGGUACUUCUAUUUUGGUUACUACUCGUCUAUCAAAGGUUGCAACAAUCAUGGGAACAAUGCCUCCUCAUGAAUUAUCAACGCUAUCAGAAGAUGAUGGUUGGGAAUUGUUUAAACACCAAGCCUUCGGACCAAAGGAGGAAGAACAAGUAGAGCUUGUGGUCAUAGGGAAGGAGAUAGUAAAAAAGUGUGGAGGAGUACCUCUUGCAACAAAAGUACUAGGGGGUCUUUUACGAUUCAAAAGAAAUGAAAACGAGUGGCUUUAUGUAAAGGAAAGCAACAUUUGGAGUUUACCGCACAAUGAAAACUCCAUAAUGUCUGCCCUGAGAUUAAGUUACUUGAACUUACCAAUAAAACUCAAACAAUGUUUUGCUUAUUGUGCAAUAUUUCCCAAAGAUAAAAGAAUAAGGAAGCAAUAUUUAACUGAACUUUGGAUGGCUAAUGGAUUCAUUUUAUCUAAUGAAAUAAUAGAUGCUGGAGAUGUUGGCGACAAUGUGUGGAAUGAAUUAUAUUGGAGAUCAUUUUUUCAGGAUAUUGAGACAGAUGAAUUUGGCAAGGUUACAAGUUUCAAGAUGCAUGAUCUUGUUCAUGAUCUUGCACGAUCUAUUGGAGAAGGUGUUUGCUGCAUUACAGAAGGCAAUCAUGCAACUACUUUGGUUGAAAGAGUCUACCAUCUAUCAGAUCUUGCUAAGGAAGCCAUUAAUCCAAUUCAGUUGCAUAAAAUCAAAUCUUUGAGGACCUAUAGAGGUUGCUAUAAUACUAGAAAACUUUAUCCUAAUGUACUGAAAUGUUAUUCUUUGCGAGUACUUCAAUUCAGACAAAGGGAACAAUUGUCAUCAUCGAUUGGUAAUUUAAAACAUUUAAGGUACUUAAAUCUUCUUGGGGGAAGCUUCAUAACUCUUCCAGAAUCAUUGUGUAAAUUGUGGAAUUUGGAGAUAUUGAAACUAGACCAUUGUUACCGUUUGCAAAAGUUGCCCAACAAUUUAAUACAAUUAAAAGCUCUCCAACUGCUAUCUUUAAAUGAUUGCCGAAAACUGUCGAGCUUGCCUCCUCGGAUAGGGAAGUUGUCUUCCCUAAGGAUUUUAACCACUUACAUUGUUGGGGAGGAAAAAGGAUUCCUUUUGGAAGAGUUAGGACCACUAAAGCUGAAAGGAGAUCUUCACAUGAAGCACCUGGGGAGAGUGAAAAGUGUAAUGGAUGCUGAAAAGGCUAAUAUGUCAAGUAAACAAUUGAACCAAUUGUCAUUGUCAUGGGACAUAAAUGAAGAGUCUGAAUUACAAGAGUUUGAAUUACAAGGGAAGAUUCUUGAAGUACUUCAACCCCAUACCCAACAACUCCAAAUAUUAAGUGUGGAUGGAUAUAAAGGUUCCCAUUUCCCACAGUGGAUGUCUUCUAGUCCUUGUCUCAAAUAUUUAACUUAUUUACAGUUGUGGGAUUGCAAAAACUGUUUACAACUUCCGACAUUGGGGAAACUACCUUCUCUAAAGUGUCUAAGGAUAUCUAAGAUGAUUAAUAUAAAAUACGUAUAUGAGGAGUGCUAUGAUGGUGAAGUAGUUUUCUUGGCUCUAGAAAGUUUGUUCCUCUGGAAGCUUCCAAACCUAAUAAGGUUAUCAAGGGAGGAUGGGGAAAACAUGUUCCCACGCCUUUCUAGACUUACUAUUGAUGAAUGUCCUAAACUUUUGGCAGAGACUUUACAACAUAUAACUGCUCUGAAGAAGUUAGAAUUAAGGGAUCUUCCAAACCUGGAAUCCUUGCCUGUUUGCUUUGGAAACCUUCCCUUGCUUCGUGACUUGACUAUUUAUAACUGCUCCAAGUUGAGGUGUCUUCCAAUGGGCCUAAGUUUGAGAAGUUUGAAUAUUGAAAGAUGCAGAGAGGCCGAAGGUUUGUUUGAGGCUUUACAAUUUAUGAAUUCCCUACACUCCUUAUGUUUAUACAAUCUUCCAAAUCUAGAAUCCUUGCCUGACUGCUUUGGAAAUCUUCCCUUGCUUCGCGAAUUAAGAAUUUGUGACUGUCCCAAGUUGAGGUGUCUUCCAACAAGCUUAAGCCUAACUAGCACUCUAAAUCUGAAUAGAUUGUGGAUUGAGGGUUGCCCUGAGUUAGAGAAGUGAUGUGAGAAGAAAACAGGAUAGGACUGGCCAAAAAUAACUCACAUUUCCCAUACUACAGUAAGGCAGUGAAUAUUAUCUUCUCUCAAUUGAGUGCUUAUUUGACAUGUUGGUGAAUAACUCUAGCAUUGAGAAGCUCCAGCCAAACACUGCUGAAUUGGUGAUGAGAUUAGCUUGGUGAUUCAUAUUUUUCAUAGAAUGCCUCUCAAAUGGCUCUGAGAAAUGCUUACUAUGUUAUGCAAGGGAUUUUCAAGUCUGGCCGGAGCAUUUCUUGAGAAUAACAGUAUACGAAAUACACAUCUCAAUGGCAAUUGGUGGUGCUUUGGGGGCUAAUGCAUUAACUAAAGCACUUGAGAGCAACAAGUCAUUUAGGAAUACAUGGACACUGGACAGGAACUUCAUUUGCAUGGAAAUUCUAUUGGAGAUGAAGGAAUCUGUUUUUUGAUGGCAGGAUUAUCUUCAGGGAAAGUUACAUUUCUAGACCGACAACAACUAUUAACAGCUCACAGAGUAUAUUAGGAAGAGCAUAAGCCUAUUAUGGUAUAACCUUUGCAUGAUUGACUUUGGUGAUGAGGACUUGGUUAGAAUCAUGGAGGCUGAAGUUCUCAAGUUUCAUGGAAACAAUAAAACGCUUUAGCUUGAUUGGUGCAGGUAGGAUAGGAUCAAAAGGGGCAGAAUUCAUUGCAGAUGCAUUAAAAUACAAUACCACCGUAUCAAUUUGGGCAGAGUGCUUUGGGUGAUGCAAGAGACCAUGCCAUGCCUUUGAGGUGACCGAAAAGGAAACCAACAUCUUCCUCUAGAAGACAUUAUAUUUACUGCAAUUAUUUCUUGUUAUAAACUAGAGCAAUUUUUAUUGGCAAGAGUUGGCUCACAUCAAUUUUCUGAGUUCCAACCAUCCUCUGGGGGAGAGUAAAGAAAUUUGUAUGUGUACUAUAACAAUAAAUUGUUGAUCCAUAAUCCAUUCCAACGGUUGCAUAUUA